GAAGGUCAGCUCUGAGUAGUAUGGAGAAAAAAAAAAGAUCCACGCUCGGCACAUAAUAAUAAAAGAUUAAGCCGAACGACUCCAUUUCCUUUUCCAUCAUUAUUAUAUAAACAAACCCUCAUCAUCCCAAUCUUUUCAUCAUUCUUCAAAUAGAUCAAGAACCCCUUUUCUUAAAUACACACCAUUGUUCAUUUUAUCAUCAUCCUUCUUGAUCAAAAUUCCUCCUUUCCCCUUUUCAUAUCCCAAUGGCAAACUUCAAUGCCAAGUUCCUCUUUUGCUUUGCUUUGAUUGCUCUUGCUGCUGUUCCAAGUCUUGCAGUUAUGUACGUAGUUGGAGAUUCUAAUGGUUGGGCUUCGGGAAUAAAUUAUGCCGACUGGGCAUCAGGGAAGAGCUUCAAAGUUGGAGACAAACUUUCGUUCAAUUAUGUUGGUGGAAGCCAUACAGUGGAUGAAGUAAGCUCAAGUGACUACAACUCAUGCGAUCCGGCGAAUCCCAUCUCAACUGACAACAACGGCCCCACCACAAUCACUCUCAAAACCGCCGGAACACAUUACUUCAUCUGCGGAAUACCCGGACACUGCAGUCUAGGGAUGAGGUUAUCCGUCACCGUGGCACCCGCCGGAGGAGCAGCAGCACCCGGAGGAUCCACCGCCGCUCCUGCACUGGCCGGAAACGGAGGCAGCAGCUCCAGGCUCCGGUACACCUGA